CAAGGGAGAGCUAUUUGGGAUUCAGCCAGGCUCUCAUGCUGCAUACUUUGGCGCCUGGAUGAUGUAGGCUGAGUUUAUAAGGUUUAAAGUAUACUUUUCUUUAGGGCUUAUUUUCUACCGUGUAUGAGUCGCCUCUAAAACAGUACAGGUUUGUGUUUUUAUGUUUAUUUUAAAGUAGAGUUAAAGCGCUGCAGUAAGCACAGGGUAGUUAGCUGUUGCUGUGGUCCAUGCUAAGGAAGACAGCACAAACCCAAAGCUGGCAAUGACACCACAAAGAGAUGGCACGACCUCUCUUAUUGACAAGACCAUGAAGAUGAGGAGAGAGGAACAGGAGCGCCAAGUUCUCCUGGCCUGGGCAGUUCUCAACAUCUCUCUGGCUGGAAUGAUUUACACAGAAAUGUCAGGAAAGCUGCUGAGUAGAUACUAUAACAUAACUUACUGGCCCAUCUGGUACAUUGAACUAGCCCUGGCCUCUCUGUUCAGCCUGAAUGCCGUCUUUGAUUUUUGGAAGUACUUUAAGUACACCAUGGCACCUUCAACCGUGGCUCUCUCUCCCGAGCAACAUCGUCUCCUCGGCCUUGACAACUCUGGAAUUCAGGCUUCCCCGCCCCAAAAGCCGGAGAAGAAAGAGACUCCGGUGGCUUCCCAGUCAUCUCCACUGCAGGGACAGAAUGUGCUCAGUUUCAGCCCUGCGCGACCCCCCAGCACGAGUCCAAAGUUUUCCCCCAGCUGUGUGUCUGGGUACAGCCCACCUCUGAGCAACCCUUCUUCACCGGGCAGCGGCAGACCCUUUUCCCCUUCUGUGGCAUAUGGCAAGGUACUGAACUACAGUCCAUCUAGCAGCUCCUCUCCUUACCCGAGCAGCCUAGGUCCAGCAGAAGGCACAAGUCUACGAACACGCUACCGCACAUCCCCUUCUGUUUUUAGCUCUCCCGGAGGGAAGGAAGACUACAUGGAUGACCUUAAAUCUUUGGAGAAAUUCCUUCGUUCAGAGGAAGAGAAGAGCCACCGCAGCCAUCUGGGGAGUCCAGAGUCGACAUCUCCAUCACACAGUCCAACCUUCUGGAAUUAUAACCGUUCUGUGGGUGAUUAUGCUCAGAGUCUGAGGAAGUUUCAGUACCAGCCCGCCUGCCGCUCACAAGCUCCCUCUGCCCAUAAAGAUGAAACUGAACUGGGAUCCAAACAAGCCGCUGAGGAGGUCUGGGCACGGAUCACAACCAGUCGUGUGGUUUCUGACAGCAUUGACAGCUGGACUGCCAAACUAAGAAACUGGAUAAACGACACCAUUCUGGUUCAUCUGGUUAAAGAAAUCGAUUCUAUCAACGGCCAACUCAGGAGAAUGGGCUGCCCAGAGUUACAGAUAGGAGAGGCCAGUAUCAGCAAUCUGAAACAAGCCGCUGUAGUCAAAGCCUCUGCCAUUCCCACCCUCAACACUAUAGUGCAGUACCUGGACACCACAUCCAACCAGGAGUAUCUAGUAGAGCGAAUCAAGGAGCUGGCCCACAGCGGCUGCAUGAGCUCCUUUCGCUGGAAUGGUGGAGGGAACCUGAAGAACCGGAAAUGGGAUACAGACCUCCCAACUGACUCUGCUAUCCUCAUGGAUAUUCUGUGCACAUACCUGGACUCCAGACUUCCUCCUCACCCAAAGUAUCCAGAUGGCAAAACCUUCACAUCUCAGCAUUUCAUCCAGACUCCAAACAAACCAGAUCUUUCCAACGAGAAUCUCUUCUGCAUUCACCAAAGCAGCAUCAACCCACCUCAUUAUCAGCUUGUGUAUCAGGGCCAUAUCUACAGCCUGCCUAAGGGCAGGAACAAUUUGUUCCACACAAUCCUCAUGUUUCUUUACAUUAUCAAAACCAAGGAGUCUGGGAUGCUGGGAAGAGUCAACCUGGGGCUCUCGGGUGUCAACAUUCUUUGGAUAUUUGGGGACUAAUGCUGUUACAACUGAGUAAAUACAACACUCUGAAACACUCACACAAUGAGUGGUAUAUUGUGCAUGGCUGUAUGUGGUUCUAAUUUAAUAUUAGCUGGUUUUCCUGUGCUUUGGGGAAACAGCUGCAUAGUUCUUUUGGUUCCUAAAGCAGUUGCAGCCCAGCAUCAGACACGGAUCUUUAAGUGUUUUCAGAUUUGACACACAAGUGUGUCAACAGAGAAACUAGUUGUAUUUGACGUUGUAAAUAAUCUACAUGUGAUACAGGUUUGUUUGAUACAAAUCUGUAGAAUUUUUCAGGAUUGAAUGUGUGAAAUUUGUGUAUUUUUAUAUCUGUGUGUUAGUGAAUUGUUCGUAGGCAUAAACAGGUAUUAUUUCUGAUGUAUUACCUCACCCCAUUCUGUACACGCUGUCAUGCUCAUUCUUAAAAAUGUACGAACUAGUUAGAUAACAGGACCAGAUGAAAUGUUGUGUAAGAUGCUCACAUUCUCUCUGGUUAGGAGUUUGUUACUGAAGAUUUUUCUACACACAAGAGUUAUGAUUGAUUAGCAGUCAAGGUCUGCUGUGAGAAAACGUUUCACUAACAAACUCCCACAUGAGGUUAUGGUUAUGUGCCUCGCUCUUUCUACAGUUCGUCAUCACACUCACACCAGAAAAGAAGAUUUACUCCCCAAUGUGAGCCAAUUAAGAUUUGAUCAUUCAACAGAGAUUACCAGAAACUGUCAUUUCCCCAACAGGAAAGGUUUAAUUAUCAAAAUCAGACUCUAGAUCAGGUGUUUUUUUUUUUUUUUUUUUAAAUGAUUCAUAAAGGUAAAUUACUCUUUUCCAUGACUUGACAUACUAACAUACUACACAGGUCAUGUUAUUAAGUAUUUUCAUUAUUUGUUGUCUCUUCUGCAUCUUUUUUUUUACUACUUGAUGCCGGGGUAAACGCUCACAAGGCUGCCAACCAUCUUACAUAUCACCUGCCAAAAAGACUUCUUCGAUUUGGUUCUUUGGAGCGUGUUUUGGUUGUUGUUUUGAUAUUCAAUAAACGAAAUGGUCAUUUUUAGA